GCCCACGCUACUUGUUUCUACCCUACCAAGUUUAAUCUUCGCCUCCGUUUCUGGGUCUCCUUGGCUUCUUAUUCCGUGGGUCGUCGCAGAGAGACAAUUGCACAAUCUGUCUUGAGUAGAUCCUCUUGUCAUCCUGUCAUCCAUCCUCCUAAUUAUUGCUCACUCACUUUACUCUCGUUUACAUUUUUACCAACAUCACCAACAUUGGUGACAAGACUAUCGGUUACCUGUCUGACAUAACUCUCGUUCGCUUUUCUUCUUCUUAUUCUUUACUUUCGCUAGUCUCCGUCCCGUACUAUACCGGAAACCCCUUAGCCUAAGUAACAAAAAAGUUAUUUAUACUUUUCUGAUCCAGAAAUCCCAGAAAUCCCGAACGCGUAAUCGAAACAAACCUUGAAACCAACCAAAGUCAUCAUACCACGCAACCACGCAUCACCCUCGCAUCAUUAGUUCUACCGACCUCGUCAAUCUAGAAUCUAUGAACUAGGCAGUAAAGAAAAGCAUAUCGAAGGACAUGCAGCGUUAUUAAUGCUAAAAGCUUCCCACGAAUAUAGCAUCGCAUCAAUUGCGCAUCUCUCCCCGUUUCAUCCUCAACCAACCUUGUGGCUUGCUAAAGCUUCAUCGCCAUGGGGAAGAAAUGGCGAUGGGGUGUCAUUCUGGAUGCGGGCUCCUCAGGGACGCGUCUACACAUCUACCGCUGGCUCGACCCUGCAAAAGCACUCAAGGAAGCAUCCUACGAAGAAGUGUACAGCUUGCCGAACAUCGUAACCAAGGACAAAUGGACAAAGAAGAUACGGCCAGGAAUUUCGACAUUCGGUGAUCGCCCGGAAGAUGUCGGUCCCGAACAUUUACAGGAGCUAGUCGAGCGAGCACUCGAUGUUAUCCCUGAUGACAAACAUGCCGACACCCCGAUAUACCUAAUGGCCACUGCUGGCAUGCGAUUAUUACCGCCGACACAACAACGAGCUGUUAUCACAGAGACUUGCUCAUAUUUUCGCGCUAAUACUCGAUUCUUCCUCCCCAAUUGCGAUACACAUAUCCAAGUUAUCCCCGGCGAAACUGAAGGUUUAUAUGGAUGGAUUGCGGCCAACUAUCUUCUAGGAGGCUUCGAUAACCCAGAGGGCCAUGAUCAUGGCAAGGGUCACCAUACCUAUGGAUUUUUAGAUAUGGGUGGUGCCUCCGCGCAGAUUGCUUUCGCACCGAAUUCCACCGUAGCCGAAGAACAUGGAAAUGACCUAAAAUUACUGCGAAUGCGAAGUCUAAAUGGAUCCCCCAGGGAAUACAAGGUAUUUACAUCGACAUGGCUUGGCUUUGGAGUAAACCAAGCUCGUGGGCGUUACGUCAAGGCCCUGGUCGAUGAAUUUUUAAUUAACGGAGAACAUGAAGUACCUGACCCCUGUCUACCAAGGGGGUUGCGCACCAACGAAAAGGGUGAGAUCGUGAAGGGUACUUCAAAAGAGUUGGAACUAGUUGGUACAGGCGAAUUUGAUGAAUGUUUAAGGAGGACGAAGCCAUUGCUAGGCAAAAAUAUGCCGUGCAAUGACAAACCCUGUUUGCUCAACGGCCAACAUGUUCCACCUAUCGAUUUCGAUGUAAAUCAUUUUGUCGGGGUCUCCGAAUAUUGGCAUACAACCCACGGUGUGUUUUCGAGUAAGAAUGACGAUGCGGCAUACGACUUCAACACAUACCAGAAGAAAGUAGUGGAAUUUUGCAGUCAGCGUUGGGAGGAUAUUGAGUCGAAUGUUGAGGCGCGAAAAAAGGACCACGGAAAGGAAGCGCAAGAAGCUUGCUUCAAGGCAUCUUGGUUAAUCAGCGUACUGCAUGAAGGCAUUGGUGUCCCGAGAUACGGCAUAGAAAAUACCCCAAUUCCAGGUUUCAAUGUCACGAAAGGAAUUGGAGAAGCUGCCAAGGAAAAGGGAUUCUUAAGCCCAUUCCAAGCUGCUGAUGAGGUUAAUGAUGUCGAGAUUAGCUGGACGCUUGGAAAGAUGGUUCUCUAUGCCGCUGGUCAGAUUCCCCCUAAGGACAACUACCGUCUCCCCGUUGGAUUCGGAAGUAAUACGAACGGCGUUCCUCCAGAUUUUCAACACGCCGGGUCUAGCUACAAUGUUACUUCGUCCAUUGGCGGCGACGAGGAUGACUGGAGCGAUACGGCCGAGGAUUUAAUCGACCAUGCGAAAUCGAAGUCGACAUCUGGAUUCUUUUUCUUCCUGCUGAUCUUCAUGUUCAUCGCUUUCCUGCUUCGGAAGAGAGAUCGGCGGAUGCGACUCUAUGGGAAGGUUAACAAGGUAUUACGCCGACGUCGACGUCCAGGCAGUCCACGAAAAGGUGGCUUCGGGAUAUCGUCCAUUACAAACAAAUUAUUCGGCCGCGGUCCAUAUCAUUAUGAAAGAGUAUUAGAAGAAGGCGACGUAGAUCAGUUCGAGCUAGGUGAUGCGUCGUCGGACGAGGGUGACAAUUCCGACAGCAGCGGAGGAAGAUCGAGGGUCGGCCGAUCGUCAGGUCUAGCUACACCAAAGCUGAAUGUCGGAUCCUUUGACGACCUUAAAAAGCAUGCGCAUCCAACAGGAACAGGAAAUGCCCUCGACCGAAGCGGAUUAGUAGUCCGAACCGAAAGUCGCGAAAGACUGUUUCCGCAAAUGCUCAACGCCGGCCGCAGGAGUCGAGCAGCCAGUCCUACAAGACUGAAAAGUCCAUUAAUGAGUCCCGUAACGGAGGACUAAUCAAAUUCGUGUAUUCUAUUCUCAUCCACCACCACUUGGCAAUCACAUUGCGUUGUUCAGGCGGCAUAUUGUAUAGGAUUACUACAGGUUCGGAGUUAACUGGAGAGGCCAUACUACUACAUGGGUAAGGCGUACGGUCCGGCAUAAGGGCAUGGCUUCUUGUUUAUUUUGGGAUGGACCAUAAAUUAGGUCAGUUUGGAGCAAAAAAAGCUUCCGCAUCUAGAGACCUUCAUUCUCUGCCUUUGGCGUGCUUUGCUGCAUUAUUGGAGUUAAGCUAUUGAUGUCCUUGAGACGCAAUUACGUUGGCUAUACGCGAUCUACAUAUGAUAUAGUUGAAAUCAAUCAACCAACAUGAUAUUUAUAUUACCAUUUAAUUUUGAAGAU